AUAAUAAGCACCUGUCAUGUUAGUUGUACCUUUACAGAACUUUGUAAAUUCGAUUGAUAGGCAUUGGAAUAUCAACGUUCCAUUGCAUCUUAAAAGGUUAAUUUCUAAGAGGUUUAUAACCUUUGAAAGUUAAGUAUUUAGUUAUUAUUUGUAUAUCCAAAAUUGUGUGUUUUACUUGUAAAUGAAGUUACAAUAAAGGAAGAAAAUCAUUCAAUUUGAUCUGUAAUAAGAGAAUUUUCAUAUUCGGAAAAUAUUAAAAGUUGAAACCAAUAUACAAUUAAAAUGGCUGUAAUGAUGAAAGCGGCAAAAUGUCCCACGGACGAGCUAUCCUUGAAAAAUCGAGCGAUUGUUAACAGUAUGGAUUUUCCAGAAGACAUCAAAUACAUCGAUGUCUCGACAGCUCCUGGGCAACAUUAUAUAUUUUCUGUAGAACGAUGCCCGGACAUCCCAAACUAUUGUAUUGGAUUUUCUUUACUGCAGCGCAAAUGGGCAACAUUGUCAAUUAAUCAGGACAUAUCUGUAAGACCUUACCAUUUCGAUCGUUCGUCUGAGAUUUUGUGCAAUGUGUGUAUUGAAGUAGACUUCCUUCAGAAAAAAACCACCACCCUGGAGCCGUAUGAUAGCGAUCAAAUGGCCAAAGAUUUUAUUAUGCAAUUUUCUGGUCUGGCGCUAACUGUGGGACAACCACUCGUGUUUAGUUUUGCAGAUAAGAAACUAUUAUGUUUAGGAAUUAAAUCUAUGGAAGCUAUUGAUGCUAAUGCUAGUGUAUCAGGAGAUAAAAGCGGAAAAGCGGAACCCAAAAAGACUAAUUUUGGUCGACUUUUAGGAAACACUAAUGUUACAUUCGAAAAAAUGGAAAACUCUUCGAUCAAUUUAGUUGGGAAGGCAAAGGGUAAAAUAGUUCGGCAGUCGAUCAUCAACCCGGACUGGGAUUUCGGCAAAAUGGGUAUUGGUGGCUUAGACAACGAGUUUAAUGCUAUCUUUCGUCGUGCGUUUGCUUCUCGAGUUUUUCCUCCAGAGAUUGUGGAGCAAUUGGGAUGUAAACACGUUAAAGGAAUACUUCUUUACGGACCCCCUGGAACUGGUAAGACUUUAAUGGCUCGUCAAAUUGGUAACAUGCUUAAUGCUCGGGAGCCGAAGAUUGUCAACGGUCCUCAAAUUCUUGACAAGUACGUCGGUGAAUCGGAAGCUAAUAUACGACGUUUAUUUGCCGAUGCGGAAGAAGAGGAAAAAAGAUUGGGUCCCAACAGUGGUCUACACAUAAUUAUCUUCGACGAAAUUGAUGCGAUCUGCAAGGCUCGUGGGAGUGUUGGUGGCAACAGUGGAGUACAUGAUACUGUUGUGAAUCAAUUGCUAGCGAAAAUAGAUGGUGUUGAACAAUUGAAUAAUAUUUUGGUAAUCGGUAUGACUAACAGACGGGACAUGAUCGAUGAAGCUUUGUUGCGUCCAGGUCGAUUGGAAGUGCAGAUGGAAAUCAGUCUUCCUAAUGAGGAUGGCCGCUUUCAAAUUCUAAAUAUUCAUACAAAACGUAUGCGUGAUUUUAAGAAAAUUAAUCCUGAUGUUGAUAAUAAGGAACUAGCUACUUUGACGAAAAAUUUCAGUGGUGCUGAAUUAGAAGGUUUAGUCCGGGCUGCCCAGUCAACAGCUAUGAAUCGAUUAAUAAAAGCAGCAUCUAAAGUCGAAGUAGAUCCUGAAGCGAUGGAGAAGCUAAUGGUUAACCGUCAUGAUUUUCUUCAUGCACUUGAAAAUGACAUCAAACCGGCUUUCGGAACUGCCCAGGAAGCUCUUGAGCAUUAUCUCACACGUGGGAUCAUUAAUUGGGGUGUUCCGGUGUCUCACAUUAUGCAAGACGGGGCACUUUAUACUCAACAAGCUCGAGCUGCCGAAGGUACUGGUUUGGUUUCAGUUCUGCUCGAAGGCCCACCGAAUUCUGGAAAAACUGCUUUGGCAGCCCAGUUAGCAAAAAUAUCCGAUUUUCCAUUUGUCAAAGUGUGUACUCCAGAUGAUAUGGUUGGAUUUACCGAGAAUGCAAAGUGCUUGGCAAUAAGAAAAUUUUUCGACGACGCUUAUCGUUCAACUUUAAGCUGUAUUUUGGUAGAUAAUAUAGAACGACUUUUGGAUUAUGGACCGAUAGGCCCCAGAUAUUCUAACACCACGCUUCAGGCCUUGUUGGUGCUACUGAAGAAACAACCACCAAAAGGAAAGAAACUAUUAAUCCUGUGUACUUCCAGUAGAAGACAAGUUUUGGAAGACAUGGAAAUGUUAUCAGCAUUUACUGCUGUUCUACACGUACCUAAUCUCUCACAACCAGAACAUAUUUUGUCGGUUCUGGAAGGAUUUGACGACGUUUUCACAAAACAGGAGCUGUCUACCAUUUACAAACGAAUGAAGGGACACAAAGUAUUUGUCGGCAUCAAAAAACUUCUAGAUCUUAUUGAACUAUCGAGACAGAGCGAUCCACAGCAUCGAGCGAAUAAAUUCCUUUCGAAACUAGAAGAGGAAGGAGGACUUGAUGCUGGCACAUCCAUCCACUAACUUAUAACCGGAGGGUAGCUAUGGAGUCUAAUUAUUACUUCAUUCAACGAUGUAUUUUAAGAUUAAAACAAUUUCUGUAAUCUAUUGUAUUACUGAAAGUAAAACUUCGUAACUAUGCGUACUGUUUCAAGCAAAUUACUUUACUAGUGCUAUCAAUUCGUAUACAGAUCUUGUUGCAUGCAAACAAGCUUGUUGCAUAAUAAGAGUUCGCAGAGUGAGUUUACGAAAUUGGCAAUUGCCCCAAAAUGACUUCGUUAAAUACAUACUCUCAAAAUACUAGUAGAUAUAAUAUAAAAUAAGUAAUCAAUUAACCGCAAUAUUUUGAAAUUAGUUCUCAAAUAUACGUGUACACAGUUGUUUGCUAGAUCUCAGAAACAUUGAUAAGGUAAAUGCACAUGUGACGCAUCAUCGUAUCCUAGACAACAUUAAAGUUUUUCCGUUUUGUUAUAGCCUUAGGUAAAGAAAUCGUUGCUCUAAUAUUAGUUACCCUUCGCUAAAUGAAAAUGUGUGAAGUUUGAAAAUUGAAUUAUUGACUUUUAAAUGGGAAAGAUUCGCGAUAGAAUAAUUUAGUUCUCAAUUAAAUCUAUGUAUAUUAGCUAUCGGUAAACAAAAAUGGAUCGAAAUUUAUUGUAACGCUUAACACAUUCCCAAUUUCUAGUUACGAAUAUCAUUGUGAUAUUGUCUUGUCAAGAAAAAAGCUUUGUCCUUCCGCAACACGAUCAUAUAUUAUUCAAAUUAACGCAUUAUCAUUGAAGUGUUUUCAGAUUCGGUAAAGAAUUUAUCUGAGUGAAGGAUGUGCUACAUAUAAUACGAUAUGCAUUUUGAAGAUGGCAUGAAAUGAAUUUAACAAAAUGUAUGGUAAUAGAGAAAUAGAAUAAUAAAUGACUUCCUUCGAAAACUAUUCCCAAAGUUUACAGAUGUCUGCAUUCAAGAAAAGUGUCGAAGUAUCAUUUAACCUUAAAUGUUUAGUUUCGUAAAACCUUUACUUGAUGUUUCAAAAUCCUGCAUGCAUUUUGAAUAUAAUUUUAUUCAAACCAUAAUUGACUUAAAAAGGUAAUAUAUAUGAAAACAUCCAAAGAAAAACUUAUUUGAUCUUACUAUUUCAAGUUACCAGUCAUUGGAGCAUCAUCCCACGUGUUUUCUUGUAAUCGAUACAAGGACGAUCGAUUUUUACCAUGUUUUACUUUACCGUAUUUUGUUUGACAAGUUUAUUUAUUUAUUUGUUAUUUAUGUCCAGAAUGAUAGUUUCAAAUAAUAAAACAAUAUUUUGAUAAUAUUUUAAAAUGUAGGCUUUAAAUCCCUGAGAAAAAAUCAGAAAUUGGUAACAUUUUCCAAUCUUCAAACUAAAUUUGGAAAUUUUCACCAUUGCUUAUUUCUGUGUUAGCAAUCAUGAUGGACACUUUCUCGUUCGAUCAAAAUGCAGAAUAGGGAUGAAUAUAAUAUGUAAGAAGAAUUUCCAUCCGAAGCGUUUUAUGAUUUCUGUAGAGUCGUUUCCAGAGAAUAGUUUUCGGAAAAAGUUAUACAAUCUGUUCAUAUAUAGUAUAUCAAUAAACUGUUAUUCAACGAAUAUUAACAUUA